AUGUCAUCUGUGUUAUCUACCGGUUUAAAGGGAUUAGUAGCUGGUCUUGUCAUCCCUCCCGUUGUCACCAAAUUUGUGAUUAUCCCAUACUUGUUCCGAAAUAACUUCAAGGAAAUUCAUUACAUUCAACAUGAGCUCGAUCAUGUCGGAUGGCUUGUCCGUGGUUUAGAAGAAAAUAAAGGAUACCAUGAAGAUGAUUUGUAUCGUCCUGCAAGCUACUACGGUCCAUACCAACAGUAG